AUGGCAAACCAAGCUCUAGCUCCAUUCGUGCUCGUGGCCUCCCUCUUGGUGGCGUUCCUUGCCACAUGCCAUGCCGGUGGCAUCGCCGUCUACUGGGGCCAGAACGACGGCGAGGCGUCCCUGUCCGAUACGUGUGCGUCAGGGAACUACAAGUUCGUCAUCCUCGCUUUCGUCUACAAGUUCGGCAAGGGCCAGACGCCGCAGCUGGACCUCGCCAGCCACUGCGACCCCUCAUCGGGUGGCUGCACGGGGUUGAGUGACGACAUACGUUCGUGCCAGAGCAGCGGCAUCAAGGUCCUGCUCUCGAUCGGCGGCGGUGACGGCAGCUACGGCCUGUCGUCCCAGGGGGACGCGCGGGACGUGGCCGCCUACCUCUGGAACAAUUACCUGGGCGGCACGUCGUCGUCGCGCCCCCUCGGCGACGCCGUCCUUGACGGCAUUGACUUCGACAUCGAGCUCGGCGGCUCCAAGUACUGGGACAGCUUGGCCAGGGACCUCAAGAACAUGGGCAAGAACAAGGUCGGCGGCAAGGGGGUGCUCCUGAGCGCGGCGCCGCAAUGCCCGUUCCCUGACGAGUGGGACAACGGCGCGAUCAACACAGGGCUGUUCGACUACGUCUGGGUGCAGUUCUACAACAACCCUCCGUGCCAGGUGAACGCAGGCCGCGGCGCGUUCAUGGACGCGUGGAAACAGUGGGAGUCGGUUCCGGCGGGGCAGAUCUUCCUAGGCCUGCCAGCCUCCAAGGACGCGGCCGGCACCGGGUUCGUGCCCGCCGACGAUCUCAACUCUAACGUGCUGCCGCUCAUCAGGGGAUCGCCCAAGUACGGCGGCGUCAUGCUCUGGUCCAAGUACUACGACGACCGCGCAGGCUACAGUGACGCUAUCAAGAGCCACGUGUGA